UGGCGACCGCAAAGCGGCGUCCCCGCCAGCGCCCUGCAGGAGCUGCCGAGGGAGGCGAGUGCGGCGGCGGCCAUGGGGCGGAUCACGGAAGAAUUGGUGAGACAGCGGGCAGAGCAUAACAACUGUGAACUCUUCUCUUUGGAAGAAGUUUCCCUGCAUCAACAGGACAUAGAGAAAAUUGAACAUCUGGACAAAUGGUGCCGAAAUUUAAAAAUUCUCUAUCUCCAAAACAACUUGAUCUCCAAAAUUGAAAAUGUGAGCCGAUUGAAGAAACUUGAAUAUUUAAAUCUGGCUUUAAACAACAUUGAAAAAUUUGAAAAUUUGGAAGGUUGUGAAGAUCUGCAGAAGCUGGACCUGACAGCAAAUUUCAUUGGAGAAUUGUCUAGUGUCAAAACGCUGAAAAACAAUAUACAUCUCGAAGAGCUCUUCCUUGUAGGAAAUCCAUGCACUGAUUUCGAAGGCUAUAGGCAGUUCGUGGUUGCUACCCUACAACAACUCAGAUUUUUGGAUGGCAAAGAGAUAACGCGGUCAGAAAGGAUUCAGGCUUCCCAGAACUAUCCUGAGCUGGAAAGGAAAAUCCACGGGCAGGAGCAAACCUAUCUCCUGAAAAGAGAAGAAGAGAAAAAAGAGGCAGAAAGACGGAUGCAAGAAAAGCAGAAGGAAAGGAAGGAGAAGAAGAAGAAAGGACAGCAUCUGGGGUUUGAUCAACCACCACGCACAGAUAUGAAGACACCCACCAAAACAAAAAACAAAAACUUUCAUAACAAUGACUAUAACUUUUUCGCCUUUUUGAUUGUCUCGUUUGAAUGGCGUGGAGAUGUUGCUCAUCUCUAUGUGUCUGUUAUCGGCUCUUUUCCAAGUGAGGCACUCAUUGAUUCCAUGCAGUAUCCCAAAUGCCAAACUGCUAAAGAUGUGGUCGUAACAAGCCAAAAAGCAUCCAUUUCUGAGAAAACAUUUGAUCCCAGGAAACUGCAAAGAAAUCUAAGAAGACACGAGGGUCUGGAGAAGUUGGAAGUGGAUCCUACCAAAUAUUCCUUCCCUGACGUGACAAAUAUUGUCCAUAAAAGGGAUCGGGUAGGGCAAGGACCUUUCAGACUUCAGCAGCCCAAAGUUACGGACGCCGAGAAUUUGAGCUUUGAAGACAACCCAGAAGUUCCACCUUUAAUUUAAAGAACGGAUGCGGAGAUAGCUUCUUUCGUGGUUAGAACAUCAUGAUGGUCCAUAACCUCUAUCUGAUAUUCUUGUGUACACACACACAUAUAUACCUAUUUACUAUUCUCCUCUCCUUGCCAAAAUCUGUGUCCAACUCUGUUAAAAAGUAUGUCAGAUCAGGAUAAUUUGCAUCCUGUUUUACAAGUUUCUUUUCUUCCAGCCCAGUUUGAGUAUGAAUUGUUGUUGGCACGAGGGCAUCUAUCGUAAUAGUUCUUGGCUUCAACUUGGCAAACAACCUGGGAUUAAAGCCCUGCUCCUUUCACAUUAAAAAGGAAUGCGGCUUCGAUUAUUGAUCAGUUGCACCCAGGGGUGAAAUCUACUUACCUUCGCUGCUGGUUCGCAAAUGUGGAGUGUGUGAAAUCCUGCUUUCUAGCUAAUAUGAAUCGCACGUCACAGCUGAUCGUCGGAAAUACCGCUAGUAUUUUUUUUUUUAC